UCACGCGCGAAGCUCUUCCGCGUCGCCGUUCAAGCCCGGAUAUUUAAUUACGUUGCGAGCGAGCCGCGACACGACGUUUUCCGAUCGACCGGUCUCGACGUAACCGAUAAUACAACACGUCUGUUCGAUGUGACCUCCGGGGUGACACACACGGGGUUGUGAGUGAUGAGCAGCGUCUAAGCGUGCAGAGGGAAUUCCUUCUCCCCGUGUUCGUCAUGUGGGACUCUCGCAUCAAUUCUUCAUCCACCUGUGGAGACAGGACGAGAUGGUCUUCUUAUGAGGCUUAUUCGUUCGGCGGUCACCUACCUGACCAGGACACCAAGACGCGUUCCUCGUUAACGAUGCAGACCGUGCGAGAAAACCCACUGCAGCGCGUGCAACAGCACGCAAACUAUCGCCAACAACGAUCUUCUUGGCAGGAUGGCCGCUCGUGCGAAGUGAGCAUAUCAUCCGCCCGCGCGUCGGUGAUGGUGUAUGACGACGUGAAUAAAAAAUGGAUACCGAGCGGCAGCUCGUCCGGCCUUUCAAAGGUCCAGCUCUACCAUCACCAGGUGAACAACACGUUCCGCGUGGUCGGCAGGAAGUUACAGGAUCACGAGAUCGUCAUCAAUUGCGCGAUCUUGAAAGGGCUCAAGUACAAUCAAGCGACGGUCACGUUCCACCAAUGGAGGGACAAUAAACAGGUGUACGGGCUCAACUUUUCUAGUAAGGACGACGCCGACGCUUUCGCCAGAGCGAUGCUUCAGGCGCUCGACGUGCUGAGCAACGGCAGUAACAUAUCACGAAGUCUCGCUCCGGCAGCCGCGACGGCUACCCAGCAGCAGACCGCCUACCAGCAACAACAACAACAACAACAACAACAACAGAGCCAAGCGACCGCUCAAUACGAGGAGGACAUGGGAUACAGUCAAGGUCGUAGGGCGCGGAUCUCCUUGUCCCUGGGGCAUCUGCCUACGGGAGCAGGCCAGAUGGCCCUACCCGUGAGCUCCGUCACCCCAACCCCCGAUCACCACGCGACCGUUAGUAGUGCAGUCAGCACCGCUGUUCAGGUGGCCUGCUCGCGUGGCUCACCGAGCGACGGACGCAUGAGGACCAUGACUAGAGAAGACGUGGCGAUAAUUCAAGAACGCAGAAUGUCCCAACAGAGUCAAGCGACUGGCAGUCCCAACCCUAUCUCACCGAGUUGCCCACCGACGCAGCAGCAACAGCAGCAACAGCAGCAGCAGCAGCAAUCAGGUCAUCACAGGACCUCGUCGGCACCACCAGCUCCGCAGCCGCAGCAGCAACAGCAACAGCAGCAGCAGCAACAGCCGCCGCCGCCGGCGUUACAGAUCAUGCAGAGCGUUGGCGGUAUGGCUCCGGUUCCACCGCAAAUGUCGACUGUGGUUGGCCCGCCGAUACCGCCACCUCAACCACCGGUUGCGCCGCCUGCACCCCCGUGUCCGCCGGCGAUGAUAAACUUCAACACGCCGACCUCGGUACCGCCGAUGAUGAUAAACCAGUACGCCCAGUCGCCGUCGUCGCAGACGAGCCAGUCGCAGUGCCAGCCGAUCUACGUUACUAAUCAGCCGGGCCAAUACGGAGGUGGUGCGCCGACGACUAAUCAGUACGCGACCGCCACUGUCGCCGCUAGCGGCGGUAGUAGCGGCGGCGGCACCGGCACUGUUACGAGCAGCGGUGUCGUCGUCGGCCAAAGCCAGAGUCAAUAUCCGCCUACCGGCAGCAGCCAGAACAAUUUCUACGGCACUAACAGUCAGACGAGCAAUUACGUCGUUGGUGGACAAGUGAGCCAAACCAGCCAGUACAGUCAACCAGCUGGCAGUCAGGCUGCGCAAUACGUCAGUGGCAGUGGCGGCGGCGGUGGUAGCCAAUACGGCAGCAGUAGCUCGAUAAGCCAGUACGCGGUUCCACCGCCGCCGCCGGGCCAAUAUACGGUCGCCCAGCCGAGCCAAUCGCAGUACGGCACUAUCGUGUCGCAGACGCAGGCACAGUACGCCGGUGCGGCCGGUCAGGUGCAAGCCGCUGUAGCCACCACGAACAACCCGUAUGGGACGCCGUCGAACUCGGUGAACCAGUAUGCCGCGAGUGGACACCACACGGUCGGCGCGAACACCUACGCUCCUCUCACCGGUAGCGGUCCACCGCCACCUCCGAUGGUACCAUUGGUUGGACCUGCGGCGCCGCCUCCGCCGCCGCCGCCGCCGGCACCCAAUACCAACAGCGCGGCAGCAGCUUCCGGCACGUCGUCGAGUGAUCCUCCGCCGGAUACCAAUUCGUUAGCUGCCGCCCUUCAGGCUCGUCUCAAGAAGAAGCAGCAACAAUCGCAGCCGGUGGAGAACAGUGGCUCGAGCACCAGCAGUAGCGGAAGUGGUAGCGGAAGUGGCGGUAAUUACGGCACCUUAGGGAGAGGCGGAGGCGGCGGAAUGGCUUCCAUGAUGGACGAGAUGGCGAAAACUCUGGCACGCCGACGAGCUGCCGCCGAAAAGAAACAACCUGAACAACCACUGGAGCCGGAUAGCUCACCGGACAAGAAAUCCUGGGACAAGAACAACUCGUCGAACAACAAGUUUUCCAACGGCGCCGAGUCACCGAAGUCGGUGCGCAAGAGGUUCGGCUCGGCUUCGGAGGACACCCUCCUCAAGGUGAACGGAGUCAACGAUGGAUCCUCGUUCACUGCGCAAGAGAUGGAGGCAUUCAAGGCGGAGAUAAUUAAGGAAGUGCGCAAAGAAUUCCAGAAGAUGAAGCAGGAAAUCAUCGAUGCCGUAAGGACAGAACUAAACAAGAGAUAAAGAAGACGAUUAAGAAGAAGAGAUACGGACGACAGAGCUAACCUCAAAGCCGAAAAGGACAAGAAAGCGAGAUGAAGAAGGACAAAAAUCGAAAAAAAAGUUUUGUGAGACUAAACUUGCUCGAUAUCAAAGCGUUAUCGAGAUCCACAUACAGGUUUUUACAACAUAUUUGCGAGAGAAUGUGUAAUGUGUGGUUACACUUAUGUAUAUCGGACAUUUAUGUGUAAGUACGUUAAUCUAACUAGCAUCCUAAGUGGCCGUAAUCCUUUUGUUAUUUACUAUACAAAUAACAAUCGUAACGAAACGUUGAAUCAGUUGAGUUUCGUUCGACGACUUGGUGCCAGUUUUCUAUUGCCACGUUAGUUCUUUUUUCCUCUCUUUCCCAAACUAAAUCUUAAGAAAGAGAAGAAAAGAGAAUCGGUACAGUAGCUGAUACGGCCAGAAAUGCAGCAAUAGAAAACUGACCCUCGGUUUGGAGAAGCUUGAGAUUAAGUCUCUCGGCAUUUUUUUACACGCACAAGGGAUCACGAGGAAAGACCCUUUCGGUUAGGUUUUCGGGCGCGAAAGGAAGAUUGAAAGAAAAAAACAAGUAGAGAGAGAGAGAGAGAGAGAGAGAGAGAGAGAGAGAGAGAGAGAUGACUUGGACGAAAACGUAAUGUAAGUACACGCACAAUGAGAUACUACUAUUAUCGCUUCGUAGAUUAAAGGGAUAUCGAUAAAGACCAAAAAAAUGGUGUACUAUUUAUAAUAUAAAUUAUAUUGAUCUAUACAUAAUAACUUACGCUAAUAUCCAUGUUUCAAGAUGCGCUCGUUUAUAGCCAUGGCCGAAGACGAGCGGUGGGUUGUUUCUCGGAGCGACGGUCGGCACUAAAUCACCUCACGACCAGUAGACGAGAGUUCUCUCGAUUACAUUACACGACUCGCGGCAUAACGAUUAUUUCAUUCGCGAGAAACUCAAUGAUUUCAACGUCGAAGUUACGUAUCGUAUAUAUAUUUUUUAUUAAUACGCAUAUAUGGCCAGGCAGGGUUUCUAAGACUUCUCUUGUACACCGAGGGCGAUUUUUUAUAUCAUUAAGAAAGAUCUCAUCAUGUUGUAGGACAUUCGUGCGGAAUCCUUUUUCGUCGAUGUCGUGGCAUUCCUCGUGGUUUUCCCUCAUGUUCGUAUUAUUAACGUCGUCGUACGUUUCUCGUUUCCUUCUACUUUCGACGAAUACUCGGCGAUAAUGACGACAUACAUAGGACACGCGCACGCACAUACGCGCGCACCCGUACGCACGCACGUUACCGUUAAUUAUUUAUGUGAGGCUUCUUGCGUCGUCAAUCUGUGUUGCGACGCACGAAUCGGUUUCUCCGCGAAUGAAAAUGUAACAGGCGCGCGAAUACAUUCCAGAGACACUGACCUCGUAUCCCCCAACAUGACAUUGCGCUGAUCUUCUGAUACAUUGAACACGUUGUAAAUAGCAAUAACGACUAGAGACGACGGAUGCCACGAUCGUUGAUCGUGAAAUUCUCGAAAAACACGUAUAUCGCGCUCGUUAAACGAUAAUUGAUUAAAGAGUUCUCGCGCGCGUUCAUCCAUUCCCGACGUGGUGGAUAUCGAAUUCGUUGAGUUCCGUUUGCGCCGAAGAAAGAAUCACGUCGCACAUCGAAGCGUGUACCCUUCUUUUCGAUCGGAUGAAAUGAUUCUCCGAAACCGGUCGGGGUUCUUCUCUGCGCUUAAUCGCACUUUCGUAGUUUUCCAUUUAAAUAUAGCGCACGGCUUCUUCCUCCCAGUUUCUUACUUUCGACAAGCAUUUUCAUUCGGGCGAUUUACUCUCCCGCGUGCACAUAAAGCCGCCGAACAUCUGUGCGAUACAUAAUUCAUUUUUCAUUACUUUUUUUUUUUAUCAUUGCGAGGUUAUUCAUUUUUACGCUCUCGACGUGUGCGAGCAUCACCAUGAUUGAAGUUCUCGAGCGGCGAGCCUUGACUUUUUAACACUCCGACCGUUUCACUUCGAUUUUCGAACGCGGAAUAAUUAACGUCUGAUAUCAUUUUCACAAUUAAGAAAUUUUAUAAUUACUACUAUUAAACAACUUACUUGGCGAAAAGUAAGAAAAAGAAAAGUGAAAGAUACGCGAGAGACAUACCGAUAAUAUCAAUCUAUAGUAUAGAUAUAUAGUAUCGAUUAUCGAAGGUCAUCUCUUGGAAAAUUCAGUUACGUGGGUGGAAAAUGAAGUGAAUCGGCAUGUGAUUCAUAAUAUCGAUCUUUAUUUUUUUUUUCUUUUUACAGACGAUAUUUGUUAUCGAGUGGGAGAUAAUUUUUUUUGUACGCAAAAAAAGAUAGUUUUCGUGACUAAAUUUUAGUUCUCUGAAGACCAGAGACGAAAACUCGGUGGUGAGAAACGAUCUCUGCGUUACCGUGAUUGAAACAUUGUCUGAAGAUUCGGUCACAUUAAAAUUUAGCCGAUGUAAUCGAGGACAACUGACUGAAAUAACGAACACUGACUAACGAAAAUUUCCUGCAGGAAUCUUUCUGUUCUUACCACCGAGUUUCCCUCGAGUCCUCGGGAGACAAAAAUUCAGUCACACAAACCGAGUUUUUUCUCCCGUCUGGAUUGGUACUUGUCGUCGCAAAGUUAUUUUUUUCACAUAUAAUUCACAACAAAUAAAUCAUAAAAAAGUUGACAUACGAA